AUGGAUGCAGCGUGUAUCCAUCCCGGGCCUUGGCUAGAUACAGUAUAUAUUCCCGCUCGUUAUGUACCUAGAACCUCAGUAGACAUUGACGAAUGUGCUAGUGACCCCUGUCUAAACGAAGCCUACUGUACAGAUAGAAUUGACAAGUAUAACUGCACAUGCAAAUAUGGGUUCAUCGGUCAUAGAUGUGAGCAAUACGAUCUUUAUCAACGGUCCAUUUGGGCUAUGCUUUUCUUCUUGAUCGCCAUAACAUUGUUGCUUAUCAUUUUCUUGGAUGUAUGGAUGUGUGUCCUUUGGGGAAAACUUAAACUUGGUGUAAAGUGGAUCCAAACAAAUACAAGGGAAACCCCGGAUGUACAUGUAUAUCGCCCAAUGGAUAAAAAUAUCAAAGAAACUACUACCGAUUUAUCUAAUCAUCAGGCUGAUGAACUGCUCAAAGAUAUAUCACAACUAUUUCAAAUAGUUGAAGAACGUGUGGCAUUGCAGCACAAUAUGAUGAUGACAAGUCAUGACAAUCGUGAAGAUAAAACUCAGAAUGACGUUAUGGGACUUAUUGAUGAAAUAGAAAAUCGCCUACGAGUAUAUAGGACAACGUUAACACAGAGUGGGGAGACAUCAUUAAUCUAUUAAAAUAACAUGAAUUGAAACAGAUAUUAUUUCUCGCUGGGUACCAGCCUUAAACACCAGCAUCCUGAAAUUCUUCUACUGGAUCACGUACUGAGUCUUGUAAUACAUGGCUGUUCAUUUCUUAAAUUGUAAUAAAUAUUGACUACAAUCCAAUUGAGCUAUCCAAUGGGAAUUGAAGGUUUGCCUCUUUUGAUGCGUAUAAUAGUUUUUGUUCCGAAACAGCUAUAGCCCCCGUAUGUGUGAUUGAAGAAACAGGG